AUGGUGAGGGGCAAGAUUGUGAUUAGGAGGAUUGAGAACAUGAGCAGAAGGCCGGUCACAUUCUCCAAGCGGCGUCAUGGCCUGCUGAAGAAAGCACGUGAGCUGGCCAUCCUCUGUGAUGUCGAGGUCGGCGUCAUUGUCUUCUCCACCGGUCACCUCUACGAGUAUGCCAACUCCACCGCCGCCACCAGCAUGGGCACGACCAUGCCUUCCAUCAUUCAAAACUACCAAUCUGCACAAGAGCAACAUCAGCUGCUGAAUCCAGUGUCACAAGUCAUGGAAGCUAAUAUGGGGGAGAGAUUAUCAAACUUAGCAGUCACAAACAUAUGUUUAAUGGAAAAUCAGCUGGAGAAGAGCUUACACCGUAUUAGAGAAAAGAAGGUAGCUGAGCUCGCUCUGUUUGUUCUUAUUUAUGCUAAUCAUUGUACCCUCUUCCAUAAUCACGACACUAACAUUGUUUUUUAG